CCUUUAUCAAAUGACAAAUGGCCACAUGGCAUCGGAAAAAGAAAAGUUGAACACCAAUGACUUCCGGUUAGCUGUGUUUUGAAUUAUUUUGAAAGCUUGAGCGGAGACUUGGCAAGUUUAAGCCCUACGUUAUGUCCACGCUGUUCCCCUCCCUGUUCCCUCGGAUCACGGAAUCACUAUGGUUCAACCUGGACCGACCCUGUGUGGACGAGACCGAGCUGCACCAGCAGGAGCAGCAGCACCAAACUUGGCUGCAGAGUAUUGCUGAGAAAGACAACAACCUGAUGCCUAUUGGGAAACCAAUUUUUGAUGUGUCGGCAGGGUAUGAUGAAGAGGAAGAAGAGGAUGAUGAGGAUGAAGAGGACAGUGAGGAAGACUCAGAAGAUGAGGAGGACAUGCAGGACAUGGAUGAAAUGAAUGACUACAAUGAAUCACCUGAUGAUGGGGAAAUCAAUGAGGUUGACAUGGAGGGGCCAGACCAAGACCAAGAUCAAUGGAUGAUUUAAGGCAAAAGACAAUACCAGUCGACAUGAAGUUGGCUGGUAGGAGACGUUCUGCUCCCCACGUAAAUGCUGUCCCUUCAGUCUUGGAUAUGAAUAUAUUUUUUUAUUCGUGUGAACAGGACAAGAGGAAACUAGAAUCAAAGUGUGUUACAAACACAUGCUUCAGACGGAGGUGAGCUUGAGGGCUCUGCACAUUUUUGGACGUAGCUGAGUGUUGGUACCUUAACAUAAUCACCCUGUUCCAAGUGGUGCAGUUGAAAGUAGUGGUGACACAGAUAAACAUUCUGGCACCUAUGCAGUUGUUUGUUUUAUUUUUCUUUGCACAACAUCUGGUUCUAUGAUGGACACAUACUCAAGAGCCAGAGCCCGCUGAUAUGUAACCAGUCAAACACUUGUACACAACCAGUAUCAGCAGACUUCAGUCCACUUAUCAAUCAUUUAAAUUUUAACCAUGUCAUAUCUCGAGUCAUGUGCCACCUCUCAGAGUGUCUUCAAACAGCUGACAGAGCACAGGCAACCGUUCAGUCAGCUAAAUAAUUUGUAACCUAUAAAGGAGACUCACAGAAACUUCACCAUUUAAUCAAAGUUUGACUCAUAGCAGUGUUUAAUCCUGCAAGUCUUUUGUUACAAACAUCAUUUUUAAACUUUGCAAAAUGUUAUUAUGUUCAAGUAAUAUUUUUAAUAUUUUUUAACAAUGUAAGUGAAAGUAAAAGCAGCCAUUUCUACUGAACAAUGUACAUUGAAAUGUGAAUACAGCACUAUAUCCAUCUUCUCUUCUCAUGUUUAAGUUAACGGUUUACUAACCAGAGCUUGAAUAAUUUAUAUUGAAUUGAACAAUUAAAUACUUUUGAUGAAACCUUA